AUGGACGGUAACUCGUCGGAGACAGAGAAGUUGAUCAGCUCCUUCACUAACAUCACAUCAUCUUCUAGAGAAACAGCUAUAUCAUUUCUUGAAACUCAUCAAUGGAAUCUCAACGCUGCUGUUUCAACCUUCACUAAGAACGAAGCCACCGCCGCGACCACCGCAACCACCGCAGAGCCAAAUGUACCAAACCCUAACGACGAUCAUCUCCUCCGGCCUAAUCUAUCUCCGUUUCCGAAUCUUAGAAUCAAUAUCCCCGUUUCAUCUUUCUCCCCGUUUGAUGGCUCUUCCGGUUACUCUCCGUCGCGGUCACGGUUUCGGUCACCGUCGCCGCCGAGAUUUUAUCUACAUUCAAAACGUGAAGCAGCUAAUCCAUUCGGGAGGGAGACGAGUGAACGCCGUCGAGACGCCGGUGAAUUCUCCGGCGGAACUGGUAACGAUUCUGAUGACGCGCUAGGGAACUACGGCAGAGAAGAUGGUGAUAGAGAUGUAGAAAGAUCUGAGGAACCAGCAAGAUCAAUGUCUGCAGAAACUGUUUCAGAUGAGUUUGAAGAAGAGAUUCAGGAUAUGGUCACGCACAUUGUAACAAUCUGGAGGAAUGGUUUCACUUUUGAUGAUAGUGAGUUAAAGACGUUGGAUGACGCAGAGAAUGCAACCUUUCUUGAGGCCAUAUCAAAGAUGGAGUCCCCACGUGAACUAAAUCCAGUCCGUAUUCAAGUCAUACUCAUUAGGCGUGAAGAAGAAAACUUCACUCAGGAAUCACAAGCUUCAUUGCAUGGUGUUGGAGGAACUCUAGCUGGAUCAGACUCUGCUUCAACUGAGCCAACAGCUUUAGCUGUCUCACCACCAAUGAGCUUUGAUGGGAUGCUUGUGCAAGAACCUCGGAAAGCUAAAGAUGUUGAUGCGAUUUUCGACAGAGUUGAGGAAUCGGUCAUAGAAAGACCUGAGCAGUCAUCAAGAUUGAUGUCUGAAGACACAGUUUCAGAUGAGCUUCAAGAAGAACAGCAAGAAGACGAGCCAUAUGAAGUGGUCAAGCUCAUUGUAACUAUCUGGAAGAACGGUUACACUGUUGUUGAUAGUGAGUUAAAGAGUUUUGAUGACCCUGAAAAUGCAACCUUUCUUGAGAGGGUAACAAGUAUGGAGUCCCCACGACUAUAUGGUCCAGUUCGUGUUCAAGUCAAACUCAUCAGGCGUGAAGAAAACUUCACUGGUGUCGAAACAAGUCUUGCUGGAUCAGACUCUGUCUCUACUGAGUCACCAUCACCAUCACCAUCUAUGGGAUUAAUAGUGGUAGAUCCUGCAGCACCAACAACCUCAAUCGAGCUAAGACUAGCAGACGGUACACGCUUUGUCACUCAGUUCAACACUCACCACACCGUUGGAGACAUCCGAGCCUUCAUAGACGCUUCUAGACCAGAUGGUUUCAAGGACUACCAUUUAUCCAUCAUGGGGUCUCCUCCUACACUACUACCUGACUUUAACCAAACCAUCGAGGAAGCUGGCAUCAUCGCCAACUCAGUCCUUGUCCAAAAUUUCUAGUU